AUGGCUACCAGAUCUCGCUCACCAGGCUUUGGCGAUACAACGAGCAUCAAUCUCAACCGCUUGUUGUCCAGAUUAGACCGCCUAGUACUGGUCGACCCAUCACCACAAUUGCGAAAGUCAAACUAUGAGCGCGCACGCGUGAGUGCGAACAUCGAACAUGCACGCACCUUACUCCUCAGUCUCGAACACUCAGCCUCCACGAUACCCUCCAAGUCGAAGAAAGCCGAAUUACAAAACGAUCUACAACAGAAGCGCGAACUCAUCAAACAGCUUAAUCAGCGGAUAUACGAGCUUAACCAGCUGGACGACACGGAUUCGGAGGGGUCUGUAGAUUCCGACGACGAAGACGCAGACCAGUUCCCGUCGUACGCACCAAGAGUAAAGACGGAAGCCGGACGGGAUGUGUCGACAGCGACAGAAGGCAACGAAGCAUUCCAAAAUGCAGCACAGGGCAUCGCAUCAGAACUCCGCCGAAGGGGAAAGGCGGACGCGAAUACAGCGGGAGCGCAAUCAGCAUCCGGCAACUCGUUGUUUCCUUCCAAGCCCACGACAGGCGACCCGUCGCUCGCAAAAACCGAGGCGCUCCUCUCUCACGAACGCAACGAACAAGAGGAGCUCACGACAGACUUGCUCGAUAUGGCGCGGCAGUUGAAGGAACAGUCGAUACAUUUUGGCAACACGCUCGAGGGUGACAAAAGCGUAGUGGAUCGAGCGCUUGCUGGGCUGGACAAGAACACAUUGAACAUGGAUGCUGCCAGCAGAAGAAUGGGGGCACUGCGGAGGAUGACUGAGGGCAAGGGUUGGUGGGACAGGAUCAAGCUCUAUUGCAUGAUCGCUGGGUUAUGGCUAAUCGCCUUCCUGAUUGUCUUCGUUGGGCCGAAGAUUCGGUUCUAG